UGUUGGUAUGGCCAGGGCACGAGGGGGAGUCCCUUGACUGGCUGAUGACUGGCCCUGGCCCUCUCUGGCCCUUGAACUCUCUGUGUAAAAAAAGAUUGGACUGAUGCAGGUGGGUUGAAACUUUUUGAAGUAAUAGAAUCCAUUCACCAAACCAAAUCACCUGUGGAAGAACAAUCAGAAGUGUGGGUGGAGGGAGUGUUCACCUGUCCCACACUGAGCGCAGCCCCAGGCCAGCCCAGCCUAGAGUGGUCCUGGAAAGCUGAGCUCAGUGCCCUGGGCAAUUCUCAGCUCCUCCCUGCUCUGGUCUUCUUUUUAUGGGGAGGUCAACUCAGGAGCACUUUUCUUUCUUUCCUUCCUCCCCUCCUCGGAUCCUGGAGCACGGGGAGCAUUUCCGCCUGGAAAUCUUUGAGGGCUGCAACUUCACGGGUCAGUGCCUGGAGUUCACAGAGGACAGCCCCUUCCUCCAGAGUCAGGGCUGGGCCAAGAACUGUGUCAGCGCCCUCAAGGUGUAUGGGGACGGAGCGUGGGUCCUGUACGAGGAGCCCAACUACCACGGCCGUAUGUAUGUGGUAGAGAGGGGUGACUUCCGAAGCUGCUCUGACUGGGAGGCCCAGAGUACCCGCAUCCAGUCCCUUCGAAGAAUCGUCAACUUCUUCUAGCCUGGCUUGUCCACAUGCCUCUGGCCAGGCUGACCCCGGGACCAGGAGAGGCCCAGGGGGACAAGUGGGUCCUUUUGGCCCUACCAGGGCUUGGGACAGGCAGGAAUAAAAAUCAUAAAAGCAGGAGUCUUAGCAGGCCUUCAGUGAUUUAUCUUGUCCUUCCUGACUCCCCAGGCAGUGGG